CAGUUUCAGUUUGUUUUAUUCACCAUUUUGAGUAGCUGAAGGUAAAAAUUUAAACUAAAAUCGCGUUUGGAAGACAAAUCGUUCCCGUAUAUUUAGUUUUACGCAGUAGCCGGGGCAUUGGAAGGUCUGGUUGCGCCCUUUGGAGUUGCAGAGCGGGACGAUUUUGUUUUUAUUUUUCUGGAUUUCCUUUCCCCUUUCUUACAUUCUUAACCUCUACAGUAUUUCUGCAAAAUGUCAAGACCAGUGAGGAACAAGAAGGUGGUGAAUUACUCACAAUUCCAGGAGUCUGAUGAUGCAGAUGAGGAGUAUGGGAGGAACUCAGACAAGCCUAAGAAGCCUCGUGCGGCUCCUCGCGAGGUGAAGCGCAAGCGGUCAAAGAACUCGCAGGAGGACAGUGAGGAUUCUGAUGAAAAACUCUCCAAAUCCAAAAAUGAUUCAGCAGAUGACUUUGGUAGUGAUGAAGGCAAUGACUUUGGAGAGGAGGAUGACGAGGAUGGAGGGAGUGACUUUGAAGCUAAACGAGGGAAAAAGGGAAAAACAGCCAAGGUGGCAAAGCCCACUAAGAGAACGCCCAAGAGAAAACGACCCGCAGAUGACAGUGAUGAGGAGGUGAGUCGUAAGGUGCGUACGGUGCGCCAGGCUGCCACCAAGGCCGUGUCCAAACAGAGAGAGAUCCUGCUGGGAGACGGAGGCAGCGAGGACGAGGAACGCAAAGACCAGGAGGAGGCCUUCCCAGACCCUGAUGAGUCGGGCAGUGAUGAGGACUUCAUGGUUGAGGAUGAUGAUGAUAGUGACUACGGCCGCUCUAAGAGCAAGAGGAGCAGCAAGAAGGUGAUGAGACGGAGCAGGCCGGAGAGGAAGGAGAAGAAAUCCCCCAAACCACGACUAAAGGCCACCGUGACCCCCAGCCCAAUGAAAGGAAAGGGUAAAGGUCGCCCAAGCGCCGCCAAGGCCACAGAGAAGAGCUCGCCUGAAGAGGAGGAGCCAGAGAGCCCUCUGGAGGAGGAAGAAGAGGAGGAGGAGGAGGUGGUGAAGAAAGACUCCUCCCCCGCUCCCAAGAAAACAAAGGAGGCACCUGGGAAGGAGAAGAAGGAAAAAGAAGACGCUGAGGAGGAGGAGGAGGAGGAGGAGGAAGAGGAGGACGGUUCGGAAGAGGACGCGCCCUCUGGGGAAGACUAGCCCCACAGAAGUUCCACCUCUCUCCCCUUCCACAUCUUUCUCUCUUAACCUUAAGUUUUUUGUUUUGUUUCUCUUGGUUUAGAGGGUUUUAUUUCGGUUUCCGUGGUGGCCUGGCUCAAUGUUUUGAACCUCAUGUGGUUUUGUUGUUUAGUGUUAGUUUAUAUCUUCCUUACUGACUGACUGACUGAGGACAGUGUCUGUGUGCAUGAGAACAUGUAUACCACCAUAUGGCUGUGAAGGAUGGAAGGAAAGAACAAGUGAGAUUUGACUCUCUGUCCCAUCCCCUCAUCACUGUCCCCUCUGCUCAGCUACACCUCCACUGGCUCACCUUUCCUCUCAUUUCUCAUCUCCCUCUCUGAAGUGACUGCAUUAGUCUUUCCUACAAAAGUCUGUGUGAAUCUCAGAAAACACUUUCUUUAAGCUUCGUUAGUUUGCCUUUCUGAGAGGUCAGUGCUAGUAGGCAUCCGUCCACAACAGUCGCUUGGUGUGUAGAGUCGUUAGUUUUCACUCUGCAGGCUGAUAGCUGUGUGUGUGCAAGUGAGCCUUCUAUAAAAAAUAAAACUUUCUACAGCCCUUUUCUUUCUACUCCUGUUCUCUGUCCCCUCUCCUCCUCAAGUAAUCUCUGGUCUGAGAUGACUGGAUAGGUGAAAGCUAUGUAGUGUAACCCUUGCUUUUGCCUAUCCAGUAGUGUUAGAUCAGUGAUUACUAACUGAGCCCUGGGUUUGUUCAGCCAGUCUGAGUUAUGGUCUCCCUCUCCAUUGUCAGUGGACUGCUGGUGUUCAAUCAAAGCACUUUAUUCACUGUGCGACACCACCCAUUGGUUCAGUCGCAACCCACCGCUGACCAAUCAGAGAGGGCCACACUGGAGACUCUUGAGGGAGGAUAUGACGUCUGUGUUUCCUGUCUGUUUAUUUCCCUGUAUCUAGAUUGUCCUCACUGAGGUCCUGGGCCCACUAAACCCAUAGCACUGUGCAGACAGACACUGUGCUUUUGAAUCUCUCAAACACAACACGUUUUAACAGGAAGGUUUUAUGGUUGUUAAUUGUAAUGUUAAUUAGUUAAAUUAAUGCUCUGUUAUAUUUCCCCAUACUCUUGAGGUUAUGCUCUGGCCCUGUGUCAAGGACCUUGAGUUUAACACAUACACAAGCUUGUUUUGUUAUUGAAUAUGUAACUGUUCAGUAAUGUGCUAGAAGGAACAGAGUUGAAGAUCACUGCUUUGGAGUAGCAGUGUGUUAUAGUGCUUUAGACAGAGUGAGUGUUCUGAGCUUCUGCUAUGAGCUGUAAAUGGUUAAUGAUGUGGUGAUUGAGGGGGUCAUGGAAGCAGGUGCUAGAUCAGCCCGCCGAGAACCUCUUCUUUCUGGGUGUUUACUGUGUGCUGGUAUUACCACAGUGUGAGGGUGUGAUGGAGCACACCAUCAAGGGGUUUGGGUCCUCACCCUAGACCCUCUACCAUUGGUUUGUGGUUCAGAGAUGUUUGGAUGCCUCUUUGCUGGGCGUGAUACAUACAUACAUACACACACACAGAGCAUCCUCGCUUGUUCAACCCUUUGUGCCAGGCAUCCCCAAGCUUUUUUAAAUAGAAUUUAAUUUUGAGUCCCCAAAUUGAUUUUUUUUUUUUGGUUGGUUUGCUUUACUUCUCUAUUCAGAUUUUUUUGUAAUGUUUGUUUUUUAAGAAAAGAAAUAAAAUUUAUCUUGAUUUUAAAGAAAAGUCGACCCUAUCCAUCUGUUUUUCUGCUGUGUUAUGACUGUCUGGGAGAGCAGACCCAGCAAUCCCUCCUUUCUGUUCCACUCUCUUCCUUUCUCUCAUUCUGCACUCAGCUCAUACUCACUCCCUCUCACAGAAGCUUGAUGCCAGCUAUUGUUUUGCUCCACACCUCCGCUCUCCUCCACAACCAAGAAACACUAGCUGUAUUUCCCCUACUCUGCCCUUCACAGAUCUGAUAUGACUGGAUAGGUGACAGCAAUAUAAAGGAAUAUAGGUCAAACCACUGCUUAUGCCUUCCCGGUUGUUUCUGAUCUACAAAUAGGAGUAUACAAGAGCAGAAGUGAGAGAGACUGCAUGAAAUGAGUGCAAGAGAUUGUUUCGGUGUUACUGAAAAACAUUUUAGCCAAACCUAUGGUAUCAUAAAGCGUUCUUGGUCUAUCUGGAUUCAUUAUUGUUUUAGCUGAGAAUGAACUAGUUAUUAAAACAAGUUUGGAUGAUUAAAGAUUGAAUCUGUUUUUUAUUGCCUUAUUUUCCCUUGGUCCUGCUGAACGAGAGGAGGCACUGUGUAUGGUGUGAUACAUGUAGACUGGAGGGGAUGUUAGUGGGGUUAGGGUGAAUACUAAACCAAUCCCUAGCCCCCUAAUCCUUAGGCAAUCAUGUAGAUCUGAAAUGAUUCCACCAAAAUUCCACCCAGUCUACAGUACUGCCUAGGGCGUUAGGGGUCGCUUUGACUGCUCUGCCUCUUGGAUGAUGACCAACUGAAGCCAUAGUAUCUGACAUAGAAAAAGAGGAGGGGGUGUCUGACGUGUAAUAAAAUAGAAGACCUAGCUGACCGAGAUCAAAGCUGUCAUUAUACCAGCGGAGGACUGUAUGUAUAUAUUUUGUUGGCCUAUCCUUCAGGCCCAAUUAUGUGUUCUGAUCAAUACCAAAUCACUCAAGACCCCAAGACUGCAAACAAGUGCCCUAGAAGCUGUUUGAGCAGACCCAAACCGAACCUUGGUUCUGGUGCACUUUCACUGGUACCCUCCUGACUGCAGUGGAUACGUUUAUAUGCCUAAUUCCAAACAGACCCCUAGACCCUUUACCAUAGUGCUUAUACCUAUUCAAUCCUUUUCUACACAAGGGCCUUGGGGUUAGGAAUAUAUUUAGAUUGCUCAUCUUAGUAUAGGGCUUUAUCAUGUCACUGAAUGCUUGUACUGUAUGGGGUUUCUGUGCAGGGGCUCCCACAGAGCACUUCCAUACAGGAAUAUGAGAUCCAAACUACUGAGCUUCUUUUCUGCUCGAUAACCGAAUGAUUAAUGUCACUGGUGUCCCAGGUCUGAAUCAGGCCCUUUUUUAGAGGGGAAGGAUGAAACCAAGCAGUGCUGGGGACCUCCAGGCUCAGAUUUGAAUCCCCCUGUUUAACAUGAAGACAUAACCAUGAUAAAUAAUGGAUUUGCUUUUUCUUUCCCAUGCUUUCUUCAGUAUCCCUGCAUUUAUAUUGCUUUUCAUUUGUUUUUUCUAUGUAUCUUGCAUUUACAUUGCUAGUACAAUUUAAGCAAAAUUGUGAUUCUUACAGGUGAUGGUGCCGAGAAGCUUUUGUCAGUGGUGUGGAAAGGGAACGCUGAACUGUUUAAUCUUUUGCAUGUUGUGGAAAAGUGAGCAGUGAUGAUGAUGAUGAUGAAGGCAAUAUUGUGGUCUUACAAAGUAACCACGACAACAAUGAUGUUGAUGACGUUUUGGUUUCCCGGCUUCUAAUAAAGGCAACCUACUUUUUA